UUUUGCCUUGUUAUACAUGAUAAUUAUUUGGCAAGACAAGUAUAUUUGUAUAGCCGGGGAAAAAAAAAACCCAACAACUUUGUUUGAUGAUGGUAACAUCAAACUGUUUCUAGCCCCCAAAAAAUCUGAAGUCUUUGCCCCGAAUUUUUAUCUUGCAUUCAGAGUUACGUUUUUAAAUGAGCACUAGAAGAGCUGAUAAAUUUCUGCUGUUGUUUAGGAUGAAGGUUGUACUGAUUCUCCUGAGCGCCGCCUAUUGUUACGGACUCCAGCCCUGUAACCCCGGGGACCUGGGAUGUGAUUCCUUCGGGAACAGCGGAAGUCUGGGCGGAGGGGGCGGCAGGGGAGGAUUUAUCAACUCCAUUGGGUUCGAUCAAGCUCCAAAUGUCGGGUUCGGACAGGGACUCAACAAUUUUGUGGAACCAAAACUUGAAUUCGGAUUUGACGGGGGAGUAGUCAACGAUUUUCCCGGUACGGAUGUCGGAUUGGCUGAUAACGGAUUCGAUAAUGGAUUCCAGAACGAUCUGAGCGGUGUCGCAUUUGCCACUAGAGGGCUUAGUCUUGACUCUAACAUUGGUCUGGAUGCCAAUCUGGGCGCAGGCGGUGGUUUUGAACCUGGUUUCGAUGUGAACUCGGGCAUUGAUGGAUCUUUUCUCGGAGCAGGAGGCAGUUUUGAUGAAGGAAAGGGAGGAAUUAUUGGUGGGGCGGCCGUCGGAAGAAACUUUGGCGGUGGAGGUGGUUUCAUUGGAGGAUUUGAUGGAGGAAAAGGAAGCUUUUCUGGAGGAUUCGACGGAGGAAAAGGAAGCUUUUCUGGAGGAUUUGAUGGAGGAAAAGGAAGCUUUUCUGGAGGAUUUGACGGAGGAAAAGGAAGCUUUUCUGGAGGAUUUGACGGAGGAAAGGGGAGUAUGAUUGGAGGACCCUCAGUUGGAGGAUUUGACGGAGGAAAGGGGAGUAUGAUUGGAGGACCCUCAGUUGGAGGAUUUGAUGGAGGAAUUGGUUUCCAAGGAGGAAUAGCUGGUGGUCCCAUGGUUGGCGGUGGUGUCUUUGGGCAAAACAAAGAUUUUGGUAUAGGAGUCGGAGGCGGGAAAUUUGGUGGAUCACUAGGUCCUAUUAUCAGUAACAACAGAGGCUUUGGACAAAACAGAAAAUUUGGUAAAGGGUUUGGAGGUGGUCGUGGCUGGGGUUCUCGAGGAAAGGGAAUUGGAAUUGGAGGAGGACCUCGCAGAAUCGGAGGCGGAAAGGGAAUCAUCGGUGGCCGAAGAAUCGGAGGAAAGGGUAUUGGUGGUGGGCUGGGAAUUGGUGGAGGUCUGGGACUCGGGGGUAAUAUUGGCAGAGGAUUCGGUAAAGGAAGAUCCAUGGGCUAUGCUCCAAGUUUCGGAAAAUCAUACCAACCCCGAUUUGGAAAAGGAAGUCCAAUAUACAAACGCAGACGACCAAGCAUCUUACCGAUGAAAAGACCGUACCCAAGAUUUGGAAUGCCAAGACCAAUGCCAUACUUUCCAAGGUCACAUGGUAGAGUUUCAAAUUACCCAAGAAAUAUGCCAAUCAGACCAGUUAGACGAAUUAGCUCAGGAUACUAAAUUAACAGAUUAUUGCAGUGAAGCUGUCCAUAGCAAAUCUCCAAGUAAGCAGACUUGGCCGAGAACUCUGGACGAGAAUAUACGUUAAGAAUGGGGGAUUUCUUGGUGCUCUAGGCAGUUUUGUGUUUUGUACAUUUUGUUUUUAUUUAUUCAAUAAACUUUUUUUGCAUAA